UUUUUAUUUUUUUUUAAUUAUUAUAAUUAGCGUGGGUGGAAGGGAAUUGGGCUUUUCAUGGAGGAGCUGAAACACGCAGCAACAUGAAGGGCAUCACUCCCAACUAGCCACUAUAGUGAGGAUUUAAGUCUCUGAUCCAUUGCCUACAGUAGAUGGCGGUAAUGCUCUGGAAAAGAAUGCGAACCGCCAAUAAGCACGAAGAAGAAGAAGACGACGACGACGAGAAGGGGCUACUGGACAAGAAGGGCAUCAAUCGUUUCUGAUGUGUGCGUCUAGCCUACCACAAAUCUCAAAAGACGAACAGGUGGCGGUAGUGCACCAGGAAGCUAGAUGCCAAAGGCCGUAGUAGAAUCGUUUGAACGUGCUCGCUGAACAGACAUAAAAGUUAUUACGGAGUUCAUUGCGUGAAAACAAUACCGCUCAUCUCAUGCGACGUUUAAUUUGGAUAAUAUAUGAUGUUGCUGUCUUUUCAUUUAUACCUUCCAACUGCUAGCGAUUGAACCCUUUAUGAAAAUGUUCCUUAACUGCAUCAGAAGGCGUCUCCAGCUUUUAGGCGAAAAGCUGCCUCGGUAUCAGCGGAAUAUAGCUAGGUACAAUACUAGUGAUGACAGCUGUGACAAAACCAGUCUUCUAAUGCAACUUUGCGCUGACCGUUAUUACAUUUCUCCUGAAGCUUUCCACACUAGAACCUGUACAUAUGGGCCUUUAGGAACAGAACUGAAGAAAAACAUUAUUGAACAGUGGACUUCAGCAGUACGUUCAAGAGCAUAUGUGUUUGGUAUCACUACUUCAGUGCAAAGUAGAAUGUGUGAGGAAUCUGUCAGGAUUGUUAAUGUAGGGGAUCUUCAAGAAAUCCUCCACCAAGAGAGUUUAAGUAAAAAAGAAGCAUCUCAAAAGAUUCAAACACUUAUGAAAGCAAGUGUGUCUGUUCGGACGAGUCUCCUGCAGGGUGCUUUGCAGCAGUAUAUUCAGGCUUUGGAGCUUGUGAAUAGGACAUUGCCCUUUGGAUUGGCAGAGACAGGUCUGUGCCAUCAUUCUGAUAGUCAACUCAGACAUUCAUCUGGUUGCUCAUUUGAGGUAACUGAGUCAUCUUUAGUUUGGUUCUGUUCUCCUCGGACUUCUUCACAGUGGAUGGACUACUGGGCUCAUCAAAGACUGCAGUGGUGGAGGAAGUUUGCUUUAGGUCCUUCUGACUUCGAUAUGUGCAAUGUGGUGGAUGAGGAACUGAAAGAAGGGGCAUCUCAUGGUGUUAAAGUCCUCUAUAAGUUCCCCUGGGGCUUGGAGACCCUGGAGACACUGUGGAGCCUGGGGGACACGCUACUGCUGAAGACUCACCAAGGAACUUGUACGAAACUUCAGUGCAGAGACGGAAGAAAGUCUGUAGUUCCUCAUGUCAUCUCUGUCAGUGCAAAUAUGGAUAGAGGGAUGCUGGCUUACCUAUUUAACUCAUUUCAAUUGAUGAAGAAAACCGACAACAAACAAAAGCUUAACCAAAGGAUGGACUUGUUGGCAAAGAAAUGUCCAUUACAAUAUCUUAAUUCAGCACUGGAGGCUUUCUCAAUCCUCAGAGAUUGUAAACACCAUAAUGACAAUAACGAUGGUGUCAAUUUUACCUUAUCAAUUUGAGCACAAGUCUGAUUAUGAAACAUUGGAAGACCUAGAUGAUCAACCUAAACCUCCAUUGCAAGCACAACUUAAACAGAGCUUUUCUCAGUGGUAAGUUUUUACUUAGUUUGGAACAUUAUGAGAUAGAGGUGUACUGCAUUAGCAUUAGCAAGUGUAUGUCCAUCAACAAACCUAUGUGUAUGUUUCUAAUAUUGAGGUGUGUAGCAUGUGGACCAAUCGGACACAUCAUUAUUUGUUACAUUUGUUACCGUCAAAAUAAAAUUCCAGCCUCGAACACAUCGGCCAAGCACAAAAACUGCUUGCCGAUACGAUAUUUUAAAAAAAUGCCAAAUAUUGGCCGAUAUAUUGGUCGACCACUAAUUAGUACAUCAUUUAAAUCAUUUGAAUACAAAUACUAGUUUACAACAUCCAGCAGCACAAUGAACUGUUUUCCAUAGCUAAAUAGUCUAAAUGGAGAUUACUGACAUCGCCUCACACACUCAAGUUCAUGCCAGCUCUUAUAUUAAAAAUAAGAUGGAAAGAUAAAAAAAUUAAUGGUUUCCAUGGAUCUACAGUAGGUGGCCAAACAAAAUGCCUAAUACCUACGCGUGUACCGCCGCCGAAGGGCCACGGCAUUAAUUGCAAGUCAGUCACAUGUUAAAGUCGUUGAAGAAACUACCGCCAGGUGGCGCAAAGGGACAGUUUGCAAACUGACUGCAAUUAUAUUUUGUUUUGUAAAUGGAGAUCAAAUAUGAAAAUAAAACAAAAAUAACUUAUAACAUUAUAACCACCUUAAAAAUCAUCAGAAAAUUAAUUUUUCAAAACGUGAGAUGAUCUUAUAGGCUGCAGCCUAAUGCAUAAAAAAAGUAAUUUACACAAGGGCUCUGACUGCAUGUUAUGGUUAUUAAACAUUCAUUAUGAAACCAUUAAAACUACAAAAUUUUCUUAUGUUGCAUUAAGGGGCUUUCAUUUCAAUCUACAGGCUAAUGAAAGUUUUUGAACG